AAAGUCCAACAACGUGAUCAAACUAGUGUCAGAUGGACAUCGUCUGUUAAGGAGGUGACCAUCGAACAAAAUUGCUGCCAAUAACUUUCGCUAAUUAAUUCAACGGAACCAUGGGUUGGUUUACAACUUUAUCCUUGUUGGUUAGUUUGUUAUUGAUGGUUUCCUGUAAAAAAAACGGCCAAUUGCCAGGCAAUAUAGUACCGGAAAAUUACAACUUGGAGAUAAUAACACACUUGGCAGAUGAUGAACAUGACAAGUUCACUUUUGAAGGGAAAGUUAUUAUAAGGGUAAGGUGUGUAGAACCCACCGAUAAAAUAAUCCUUAACGUAUUGGACUUGGAAAUCAUUGAUAACAGUGUCAUAGUUGAUGAAGUUGGAACUGACAAGCAAGUUAACGACGUUAAUGAAUGGUGUCAAUGUAACGAGAACGAAACUUUGAGUCUGUCAUUGGACAGACACCUAAAACCAAAUCAUACAUAUGACAUUAGCAUUCGAUUUACCGGAAACAUAAGCGAUGGAUUAUCGGGAUAUUAUAGAAGCAGUUAUGUUGACAGCAUGACGAAUGAAAGAAGAUGGUUAGCUGUAACGCAGUUUGAACCGACAGAUGCCAGAAGGGCAUUCCCUUGCUUUGACGAACCAAACAUGAAAGCCACUUUUCAAAUAAGUCUUGGAAGAUUAGCAAAAUACAGCUCCAUAAGUAAUAUGCCCAUUGAGAGGACAGAACCAAUAAAAGAACGAGAGGGAUGGUUUUGGGACAGAUUUCAAAAAUCAGUACCAAUGUCGACUUACAUAGUAGCUUACAUGGUAUCCGAUUUUAAUUCCACACUAGCUCCAAGAAUUCCAAACAGCGAUGUCACAUUUAGAAUUUGGUCCAGAGAAGAAGCAAUGGACCAAGUUGACUUUGCUGCGGAAGUUGGUCCCAGAGCGUUGGCUUUCUUUGAAAAUUUCUUCAACAUAACGUAUCCCCUUCCAAAGCAAGAUAUGAUUGCUGUUCCAGAUUUUAGUGCCGGCGCUAUGGAAAACUGGGGACUGAUAACAUACAGGGAAUAUUUGUUGCUUUUCAAUCCCAAAACCUCAUCGUUAGCAAACAAAUUUUCCAUUGCAAGCGUUGUUGCGCACGAACUGGCUCACCAAUGGUUUGGAAAUUUGGUAACGAUGAAAUGGUGGACGGACUUGUGGCUUAACGAAGGUUUUGCUACUUAUAUGGCAUCUCUCGCAGUCCAUAAUCUAUAUCCUAAAUGGAAAACUUUUGACGAAGAAACGGUAUCCAAUAUGAUGUCAGUCUUUUCUUUUGAUUCCCUAAAGAAUUCACAUCCGGUUUCUGUACCCAUCGAAAAUCCAAAAGACAUAAAGGAAAUAUUUGACACAAUAUCAUAUGACAAAGGAUCCCAUUUGCUUUUCAUGAUGGCCAACUUUUUGGGAGACGAAACGUUCAGGAGGGGAGUCAGCAAUUACUUGGAGCGCCACAAAUACGGCAACGCUGAACAGGACGACCUUUGGGAAUCUCUAACGAUCGAAGCUCAUAGAAACGGAGCACUCCCUGAAGGUUUGUCUGUCAAGACCAUCAUGGACACUUGGACACUUCAGACAGGAUAUCCGAUUGUGACAGUCAACAGGAACUACGACGAUAAUUCAGUACAAGUAUCUCAAGAGCGGUAUUACCGAGACUUCAAUGCUAGUCAUAAUGACGAAUGCUGGUGGAUCCCACUGAGUUAUACAGACCAAAGCGAACAAGACUUUGAAAACAGACGUCCAAGAGAUUGGUUGUCUUGUCCAAAGACUGUCAAAACGAUAUCGAAUAUUUGCGACGAAGAUGAGUGGAUCAUACUCAACAUAAGGGCGGCCGGUUUGUACAGAAUCAAUUAUGACGAACGAAAUUGGGGUAUGCUGGUGUCGACCUUGAAUAGCGAUUCAUACACGGACAUUCCGAUUCUAAACAGGGUUCAGUUGAUUGAAGAUUCCGCGGAUUUGGCGGCUACGAGUAAAUUGAACUACAAAGUUUUCUUUGACAUUCUUCGGUAUUUGAAUAAGGAAACAGAAUAUCUACCUUGGAGAGCAGCAACGGGAAACAUUCGGUUUUUGUAUAGUAUGUUGCGUUACAGUUCCAGCUUUGGAUCAUUUAAGGAGUAUAUGAAACGUAUCUUGGAGCCUGCGUACAAAAGAAUUGGAGCAUUAAGAGUCGAUCAUGAGGAUGAAGACCGAUUGGACAGAAUUAAUUACAAAACCCUUAUUCUUUCAAACGCCUGCAAUUACGAAGCAGAGGCGUGCAUCAACGAAACUAAAAGAAUGUUCUCGGAAUAUGUCAGCAACCCUGACGUAAACUUAAUUCCCAACGAUUUCCGGUCAUCGAUUUAUUGUAAUGCAAUGAGGCACGGCGGUGAAAGAGAAUGGACCUUCUUAUGGAACAAAUACAAAGAGUCGGGAACAGCCGGCGAGAAACAAUUAAUUCUACAAUCGUUGGGUUGCACCAAUACCAUCUGGUUGCUGCAACGGUAUUUGGAAUGGACCCUCGACGAAAGCUCCGGUAUUAGAAAACAAGAUGCGAUAACUGUAUUUGGUUCAGUUGCCAGGAACGACAUCGGAUACAGCAUUGCAAAAUCAUUUUUCGAGAACAACAUAAAAAAAAUAUACGAAAGCUCGAAACCUAACACCAAUAAAUUAUCACGUUAUUUAUCAGUAAUUGCCAAACAAGUUGUAAGCGAGAGAGAAUACAAUGAGCUCAAGCAAUUCAUCGAUCAACACAGCGAAAUAUUUUCCGAAUUAAGAAAAGGUGUCCAACAAGCCUUAGAGUCUGCGGAACUUAACAUUCAAUGGCAAAUGUCGCAUCUGAAUCACGUUAAAGACUUGUUAAUAUAAAUUGUAAUUACAUUCUAUUUAUUUGUACUUAAAAAUAAUGUAAUCAUGCUCUAAAGCGUACUUACUUGAAUCUAAAAGAGAAAAAGAAGAAGAGUGUAUUGAGUUUAUUUAUUGAUGUAACUCUUUUGAUUUGUACUACUGUAUACACAAAAAGCAUGUGACUGUAAUAUUAAAUGAAAUAUAUAUUUUUUGA